GUCCGGGGAGAGCGGAUAUAGUGAGUGCGGGGUCCGGGGAGAGCGGAUAUAGUGAGUGCGGGGUCCGGGGAGAGCGGAUAUAGUGAGUGCGGGGUCCGGGGAGAGCGGAUAUAGUGAGUGCGGGGUCCGGGGAGAGAGGAUAUAGUGAGUGCGGGGUCCGGGGAGAGCGGAUAUAGCGAGUGCGGGGUCCGGGGAGAGCGGAUAUAGUGAAUGCGGGGUCCGGGGAGAGCGGAUAUAGUGAAUGCGGGGUCCGGGGGGAGAGGAUAUAGUGAGUGCGGGGUCCGGGGAGAGCGGAUAUAAGAGCGGAUAUAGUGAAUGCAGGGUCCAGGGAGACGGGAGGAGCCGGUACACCUGUGCUAGGCUGAAAGGGAGGAGCCGGUACACCUGUGCUAGACUGAAGGGGAGG